AUGCCAGGGGCGGAGGAAGACUCAGAAAUUUCUCCAACUGGUGGGCAAUUACAUGAGUCCAUCUCAUCAAGAAAAAGCAUACAGCGGAUUAAUGAGGCGAUGCCCGAGUCCACCAUAUUGACAGGAGUGGGCAUCGUCACCACAGACGAGAGGGGGAUUGAAAAUACAAUCGACGAGGCAUUCUGGGACAAAUCGCCUACGGUCUCAACUGCUAAAUUUGCUUUACUGGUCUCUUGGUACGACGGUACUAUGCAGGUGACUGUGCAAAGCCGAUUCUUGGUAUCGGUCAUCAUGGGAAUCCUUCCUCGCACAAAUCCAAUGGGUAUAAGGAAGCGACAUGAUUCACUAUCAUUCGGCGAACCUUUCAGUCUAUUAUACUGGUUCUACGACAAUAUCCUCCCGGAUGCAAGUGACUCAGGAAGCCUCAAAGGGGAUGAUUCUCGAGAUCUGGACAUUUUGCGGCGCUGGUACGAAAAGAAUCUUUUAGCGCAGCAUGUUGAUAUCCGAAACACCAUCAACUCUGGCUAUGUGACCUUUGACCUCCUAUGGGCGCUCUACCAGCCCAACGACACUGUUUAUACUCGGGAUGAGUUCCAGCAGCCGCAGCUUCAUAUUGUUUCGUUUACAGAAUAUGCUGAGCUCAGCAAUAGAUAUCAUAGGUCCUCCUACGGUCGUCCUCAAAUGGCCUUUCAGCUCACACUGUUGCAUCAGGAUUGGGAUUCAUCAGUCCAAGCAUUCAAAACCGUGGAAGUGAAGGUUAUAAUCUACCUUUACGCUGGUUCUCGUCGUAUUUCAGACCUCGACGUUUAUCCGUUGCGAUACGUAUCAGAAGACAGGCAAGAUCUCCUCGCCAGCUUGGAAGCACGCGGUCGACGAUGGAAAUCCCUUGUUACUCAGCCCUCAUAUAUGGUUCAUAAGGGUCCAGCCAGAAAGUUGGACGGAGCCAAUGGCGGAACACGCAAACAUCUUGACGAACGGCUCAUUAUCGACCACUCUGGAUAUGCACUUUACCGAGAGCAGCGUGACAGCCGCUUUCUUAGCUCGAGGAUAUCCCAAGACGCGCUUUCAGUAGAUACCGAAGGCUCUGAUGAUUUCCAGGACGAACAGGACCCUUCAGACGACUCUUCGGCCCUUCCAGCGCAGUUUUGUCCGAGUACGGUGAGAGCGUGUUCGCCUCUCACAAUGAGGUGGUUCACUGUCACCAUAGAAAAUCUAACAGAGAUUGUGUGGGCAAAAGACUCCGCGAAGGCUCUUGUGAUGGCAGAUUCUAAGACCAAGGACACACUUGCGAAGUUGAUCCAAGCACACAUGAGUGCAGAUGCGAACAACGCACCGAGCGAUAUCAUUGAGGGCAAGGGUCAGGGUCUGGUCAUUGUGCUACAUGGUCCGCCGGGCGUUGGCAAGACGCUGACAGCUGAGAGCAUGGCUGAGGUGUCGGAGAAGCCGCUGCUGACGGUGGAUGUUGGCCAGCUUGCCUUUGAGCGAGAAGUCGACAGGCGCCUGAGAACAAUCUUUGAGCAAGCUGUCCGAUGGGGUGCCGUAUUGCUUCUAGACGAAGCUGACGGCGUGCUUGAAAAGAGAUCAUGGGAGAACCAUGCACGGAAUGCAAUCGUAUCCGGUAAGCAUUCCUCCACACUUGAACAAUGUGGCUAUGGACACGCCUUUGAUUGA